AUGUCUGGCUUUCGGCGUUUACUGUACACAACUUUGUCGACUAUCCUCAUGAAAAGUGAGGUGAGUUGGAUUCUUUUCAGAAACUUUUUCCCAAUGACUGCCAAUGUCUACCCAUUCAUAUCACGACUUGCGGUGAUAGACAGGCCAGAAUAUAUGUACAGAAAACUCCAGCAAUCGACCGGUCGGUUGUUACGUCUUAGACAGGCGGUGGCUGUAGCACCUGAGUACCAAUUCAGCCUUAUCGCUACCCUUCGCCAGGCAACUGUGGCAAGUCUAUUCCUCGAAGAAGAGGCAAAUUUUGCUACUUUCCCUGAGACGGACCUUCUGUCAUGUCGACAGUAA